CAAGGGACGCCAGAGUAGAGUCGCUAUCCACAAACUAGGCAGUAUAUAGGUAGAAGCUGCUUAUAUUAUGCGCAGUUUGACUUUAAACCAUAGAGGCGCAUGAAGGGUCUCCAAAAUAAUAUGGAGGGCUGUUUAUGUCGUUAGCUAGAUAACCUGCUGUGUAGUUAGCUAGCUGACAUGCUUUUAGCCAUUAGCUAGCCAAAAUAACGUGUGAUCUAGUGCACUAAGUGACAAUUAGCCAAAGGGAAGAGCGUCAGUUUAAAAAUGUGGAAAAGAAGCGGUCGAAGCACUGCUCUGGACCGAGCUCAGGCACUUCUGUCCGCGAAGAGGAACAGCAGAGGAGACGCUGAGUCCACACAGUGGUCUGCAGCCACAACGCGGCCACAUACAGGUGCUGUGGGUGGGCUUACAAAAACCAGAUCUGCUCCUCCAAAUACCCAGACUUUACUCUCAGAUCUGAGUGACCUCUCCUCGCUCAGCUCAGCUUCUGAGAAUGGAGCUGAUGCUGUGCACGUUGCUGGUCCUGAGAAGAGUCAGGGAAGAGAGGGGGGCCCUACCAAGGACCUCAGACCUCAGAGCUCUCUGGGAGGAGGAGGAGGGAGCAGGUUCUUGAAGAAGGCUCCACCGCCUCCAACCAACAGCAGCCAGUCACCUGUUAGCAAGAGCCAAAGGCAUCAGAUGCCUGAAACAAGAUACGUGUCAUCUUCCCAGACUGCUGCUCUGAGCAGACUGGCUCAAAUUGAGAGCCGCAUUCGCAGUUAUAAGCAGGCCAAGGAACAGGCCAGACAGGGAAUCUCACCACCGCCAGAAGCAGCCGCCCAGUCUCUGGAGUCCUCUCUGCCAGUUCCAGUCUCAGCACAGUCCAGCAGUGACCAGGGUCUGAAGGGGAAACGUUUCCUCAAGAACAAGGCAGUUGUAGCUGUUGACAGUACUAACGUUGCUGAUGCUGGGUCUCCAGGAGGCCCAGAUGUUGGUGUCAGGUCCAAGUCCAGAGCUGCUGGUACGGUAUUCCCUUUGGUGAGUUUGGAGAAGAAGUCAUUAAGAGUAGUGAGUGCUGUCAGUCUGGAAAGCGAUGAAGAGGACAUGAAGAAACUGCUUGGAGACUCUUUAGAUUCAACAGACAACAGCUUGUCAAGACCAGAGAGACCCUCUUCCACGAGAACAGACAAGAAGUUGAACAAAAGCAGUCAGAAGGUCCACUCCACACCUCCCCCAGCUGCUGUUUGUCCUUUGUCACCCUCCAACACAGCACCACCUCGCUCCCCAGCUUCUCCGUCUCGCCGUAGUUCUCCUUUUCGAUUCACCGGCCAGGCUCAGGCCCACUUCAGCCCCUCUGUGCUCUCUCCAUCCCCCUCUCCUCCCCACGUCUCCUCCUCUCUUGUGAGGAGACCGAACUUCCCUCACAGGGCGGGCAGUCCACAGCGUUCCCUCUCCUCUAUUUCGGGCCACAGUGAGGUGCGCUCUCUGGAGGAGCUCUUCCCUGAGGGGUCAGACUCUGAAGGUCCCUGCAGUGAGAUGAAUUCAGUUUCUUCUGAAGAUGGACAUCAAGACUUCAAGAUAAAUGUGAUGACAUUAGAUGACCUUGUCCCUGCUACCUUUGGAUUUACAGAGGAACCAUCAGGAAAGGAGGGAGAAGCCAAACACAGCGCCCCUGUUCCUGGGUCCCUGAACGGACAUCAGCAGCCACAGAGGGAGGAGAAGGAGGAGGAGGUGGUGCUGAACUACCAAAGUGACUUUGAGAGUGAGAGCAAGACGGAGUCCAAUGACAGUGCCAGCCAGGUUUCAGAACUAUUGCAAGGAGAUGGAAAUGAGGCAGAUGUCAGAGAGGAGGCUUCGGAUUCAGACCUGUCCUGCAAGAGGACAGAGGAUGAUUACUCAAGCACUUUCUCAGACACAGCCUCACAGACCUCAGAUUGCAGCCACACAUUGAAGUCGUUCAGCAGAAGCAGCGACUCAAGAUCUUCAGUAUCGUAUGAUAGGCGGACUUCGAGGAGGCGAACUUCAGGAAAGGUUUUAAAAGACGCAGCAGUACAAACCCAGCCUGAUACCACGGCUUACACAUGGUCAACUGGUCUGGGCACAUUUGAGCCUAAACUGGACAUGUCCUACCUGAAUCCCAUCCCGCUGGCUGCUCAUGCUCUCAGCGCAGAAGCAGUUGAAGCUCUCAGCACCUUCAAUCCAGCUGUAUUUGUACUCAAUGAAAUGCUGAAACAGCAGCUCGCCACGACAAGGCGGUUCAUCGAAAGCAGCCGGCACCUUCACUCCAGCCUGGUGCAGAGCCUGGAACCACCAAACUACAGAUACACCACGCUGGAGGACACCAGACAGUACAUUCGCCAGCACAGACCUCCCAAACUCACAAUGGAGGAAGCCUUAGAGGAGGUGCGGCAGGAGAUGAGAGAAUACCACUGUACGUGACAGCUGAUGCAUUUAUUCAUAAUUAAAUUCUAUUUUUCUACUGUGGAAUGAUGUUUGAUGUUAUUCAGUCACAGCACGUGCCUUGAAGAUUCUUGUGUAAAGCGAUAAGCAAUAAGAUCAUGAGUCUCUAUAGGUAAAAGAAAAUCACGUCAUAUGUUCAGUUUUACAUUUGUGGCAUAAAGCAUCAAAUGUGUAGCGUCAUCUCAUAACAAUGGCAUUUUAUACUUAAAGCAAGAUCUGUAUUGUGUUAUUUAGUGACAUUUAGAGCUGCAAGAUUGAUGUACAUUUAUGGUUUGAGUGAAAUUCCUACACUGUACAACGCCGCAUUGUUCACAGGUGUUCAUUCAUAAAGAAUCAACUGGUCAAAUAAAGACAUUUCAAAGUGAAGUAACAAAAAGUUUAUUUAAAAAAUAACACGUAAAGUAUGUAUACAGUCAUACCAGGUUUUCCCAUCUUCAUCACCAACAGUAACUUCUGACAUGUUCGAAUGAAACGUGCAGGAUUUGAUAUGAUCUAAAGACAAAUUCUAAAGUCAGGAUGAGUGACGUGGGGAGGGUGACGUGGCGUGGAUGGGGCUUGUUGAAGGCACAGAUUCAGGCGGCAGAGUGAGUCGUCAGUAGGGGUCGUUGAAAGGGUAGUGAGGAUGUCCUGCAUCCCUGGGAACACGCUUUCCCUCCACCUGCAAACAUCCAAACCAAAGCUGUGACAUGUCCCUCUGCUCCUCACUAAUGUGUUCAUGCUCACCUCUUCAGACUGUUGCUUCUCCAUCACACACUCAGGUGCUGAAACAUCUGAACAUCUGUAAUAUUUUAUGCCAAUAUGCUUUACAUUGAAUUUUGCUCUUUUUAACUAUUGAAAGGUUAAAAAAAGCCUCAUAAAAAUAAUGUAAACCAUCAAAGAACACAACCUCCGUCCAAUUAAGUCUUACUCAGACCUUACAGGAUGAUGAGGAUUAGUACUUAAUCUGUGCCUUACAAACUGAAACAGUCAGGACAUAAUGUCUGCCUGUUGACAGGAUGAUUAAAAUGUAACACUGUCAAUAACAGCCAUGAGAGACAUGGUACGUAAAACCCACUUACUUCAAUCAUUGGUACAAUGUAGCGCCAGCCUUUGUUCAGUGCAGUAAUGCUUUUCAUUUCCUCUGCCUCAAGGGUAAAGUCAAACACCUGACAACAGAAAAUCAUGUCAGCAUAUUCUCGAUUUAGAAUCUCAUUAAGGAGACCAUCU